AUGUCCUUCUACCCUCACUCGUGCCCCCGAAAUCUACAUCAAAAUCCCUGGCGUUGCGCUCUACUCCCUAGGCGACAAGGAUACUAUUCCCAACUCUUAUUACAUGAGGCCAAGAUCUACGAAAUCUUGCGUGAGCAUCCCCACCCGAAUCUAGGUCAAAGCUUAGGAUGCGUUGUUGGUGAAGAUGGACGCUUGGAGGGUCUUGCUCUCCUCAAAUACAAAACUACUCUCUCUGAGCGCGCGCAUGACAUCUCUUUUGGCCUCGGUCAGCGCGAGAAGUGCAUCGCUGCUAUCAAGUCAGUUUUGGAGCAUCUCCAUAGCUUGGGACUGGCACAUAAUGACUUGAGUCCCUCCAACAUCAUGUUCACGGAUAAGGGGGAACCUGUGUUGUUGGACUUCGAUGCUUGCCAUCCUGUUGGGACGGAACUAGAUAAAGGUGGACAUGUGGGCGACUGGCAGGGAAUAUCGCGCGUGGUAUACAAGGAGUCGUCGACUGAGUGCGAUCUGAAAGCUUUGGAGUAUUUGGACACGUGGUUGAAGAACAAGUAUGAAGAAAUGAAAGAGUCUAUAAGCAAUGAGUAA